AUGUUAAAUAUUGGAGACAAAUUACCUUCAAUUUAAAAACACCAUAUGAAGAGAAUUUAAACUGAAAUUUAAUAUGAAGAAUGUGUAGUUAAAGUGGCAGCAAAGACCCUUCCUGGUCAAAAUAUUAAAAAGAAAUUGAAAAUUAAUUAAGAUAGUCUUGCUAUAAAACAAAAUCUUUGUAAUUAAAAUAACUGGCAUUUAUUUGGUAUUUUUGAUGGUCAUGGUCAGAAUGGACAUCUAGUUUCAUAAUUUGUAUCAAGACAUUUGCCAAAAGCCAUUGAAAAUAUACUUCUGCAAAAUUAUGUCACUAAUCCUAAUUUAUUAUCGAAAUCAUUAUAGGUAGCAUUUCAACAAGUGGAACAGGAUUUAGUAGAUAAAACUAAUAUUGCAUGCAAUUUCAGUGGUUCUACUGCUGUGGUUAUUUUAUUGAUUGAAUCUAGAAUAUAUUGUGCGAACCUUGGAGAUUCAAGGGCUGUUUUUUUAUAUAAGUUUCAAGAUCUAUGGUACAAUAGACCAUUAUCUUAUGACCAUAAACCAAAUAAGAAUUUUGAGUUUAAAAGAAUAAUAAGGUUGGGAGGGAGAGUUGAAUAGAGCUUAAUUGAUGGAAAAAGACAAGGCCCUUUUAGAGUUUGGUUAACAAAUGAAGAUGUUCCAGGCUUAGCAAUGUCUAGGUCAUUUGGUGAUGUAGCAGCCAAAUCGGUUGGAGUAAUUGCUGAGCCUGAAAUCUUAAGAUAUAAAAUAUAAAAUAGUGGAUUUAUCCUAUUAGCAAGUGAUGGGCUCUGGGAUAAAAUGGAUUUUGAAAGCAUCUAAAAGAUAUUAGAUCAUAUUGAUUCUCCUAUAACUCAAUUAGAUAUGGAAUUAAUUGCCUAAAAGAUUUUAGGAGAAACUUACUCAAAAUGGGAUCGGAAAGAUAGUGGAAGAGAUGAUAUCACUCUCAUACUCGUGCAUAUUUAAAUUUGA